GAUAAACGUCAAAUCGAAGUUACUAUUUUGAGGUUAUAUAAACAAAAACUUUAGUUUAGAACUCAUUAAAUUAAAUAUACUAAUUUCUCAUUGACUUUAUAAAUGAUUGAAAAUGUCUAAAGUAACAAAAAGAAAACAUGUGAUGAACGAAGCUCUGUGGGAUGAUUAUGAAUUGCCAAAAGAUAAUCAAAGCAUCGUCAAAAUUGUAAAAAGCAAAGGAAACAAUCUGCACGAGAUCACAACACCAUCUGGUGAAGAAUAUUUAGUGUCAAUGCCUACGAAGUUCAGGAAAAAUAUCUGGGUAAAGAGAGGUGAUUACGUCCUUGUUGAACCGAUACUAGAGGGUGAUAAGGUGAAAGCUGAAAUCGUAAAAAUAAUGAACAAAGACUCUAUUAAGUUUUAUAAAGAGAACAAUGUGUGGCCUAAAGAGUUUGAUGAUGAAAAGAAGAAGCAAGUGACAGUUGAUGAUGAUGAUUUGUUUGUGAACACUAACCGUGCAUAUGUACAGACAUAUCAAAGUGAUAGUGACUCAAGUGACUCAGAAAGUGAUAGUGAUAAUGAAAAUGAUGAUACCAAGAAAUAAAAGUUAUUUCUAUAAACAAUUUUUUUAUUUUGUCAAUGGAUAAAAAUAGAAGCACUAAUCCACAGC